AUGCCCCCGUGCCUGCCCUGCCCCUCCUGCCACACACCCCUCACCCCUGGCCCAAAUUCAGUGCUCAUCUUCCCCCCCCGGCUCUCCCUGGGGGUCUCUUUCACCGGGUCAGACACAGUCCCCUGGCUGCUGGACUGCUGUAGCUGCCCACAGGAGCCGACUGACUUGCCUAUGACAGACAUCAUUGCUGAAAGCCCACAGAUACAGAGCCAAGACAAUUACAGGGGAGUCUAUCAGCCGCCAACUACUCCAGUCACCCCAUAUCCCAGUCACCCCAUUACCCCAUAUCCCAGUCACCCCAUAUCCCAGUCACCCCAUCAUCCCAUCACCCCAUCAUCCUAUCACCCCAUAUCCCAGUCACCCCAUCAUCCUAUCACCCCAUCAUCCCAUCACCCCAUCAUCCUAUCACCCCAUAUCCCAGUCACCCCAUCAUCCUAUCACCCCAUAUCCCAUCACCCCAUCAUCCCAUCACCCCAUAUCCCAGUCACCCCAUCAUCCCAUCACCCCAUCAUCCCAUCACCCCAUAUCCCAGUCACCCCAUCAUCCCAUCACCCCAUCAUCCCAGUCACCCCAUCAUCCCAUCACCCCAUAUCCCAGUCACCCCAUCAUCCCAUCACCCCAUAUCCCAGUCACCCCAUCAUCCCAUCACCCCAUCAUCCCAUCACCCCAUAUCCCAGUCACCCCAUCAUCCUAUCACCCCAUAUCCCAGUCACCCCAUCAUCCCAUCACCCCAUAUCCCAGUCACCCCAUCAUCCCAUCACCCCAUAUCCCAGUCACCCCAUCAUCCUAUCACCCCAUAUCCCAGUCACCCCAUCAUCCCAUCACCCCAUAUCCCAUCACCCCAUCAUCCCAUCACCCCAUAUCCCAGUCACCCCAUCAUCCUAUCACCCCAUAUCCCAGUCACCCCAUCAUCCCAUCACCCCAUAUCCCAGUCACCCCAUCAUCCCAUCACCCCAUCAUCCCAUCACCCCAUAUCCCAGUCACCCCAUCAUCCCAUCAUCCCAUCACCCCAUAUCCCAGUCACCCCAUCAUCCCAUAUCCCAGUCACCCCAUCACCCCAUCACCCAGUCACCCUAUCAUUCCAUCACCCCAUAUCCCAGUCACCCCAUUACCCCAUCAUCCAGUCACCCCAUAUCCCAGUCACCCCAUUACCCCAUCACCCAGUCACCCCAUCACCCCAUCACCCCAUAUCCCAGUCACCCCAUCAUCCCAUCACCCCAUAUCCCAUCACCCCAUCUCCAGUGACCCCAUCAUCCUUUCACCCCAUUUCACAGUCACCCCAUCACCCUGUCACCCCUUCAUGUUAUCUCCCUGUCUCCCCAUCUCCUUGUCACCUUGUCACCCCAUCACCCUGUCAUAUCAUCAUCUUGUCAUUACAUCACCCUGACACCCCAUCAUACGGUCACCCUCCAGUCACCCCUGUCACUGACAGUUUAGAGGUAUAACCAAAUGCCUGACCAGCAAAAACUGGGAAUUUGUGACCCUGCCAUUGUGGAUGAGGGACCCUGUUCCCAGCACAAGGAGGCCUUCCGCCACAGCUAGUGCGAGGACGUAAUCUGGGAACUUCCUUCAGAUUGGGUGAAGGGGGUCACUGCGCUUUAGGCUGUCUCCCGCAGCAAGUCCUGGAGGUGUUUUGGAUUCAGACGGGCCAGGACGGGCCUGCGGCCCCAGAAGAGGCCCCCGGCACCCCUGGGCCCUGCUACUUUCGUAAUGCUGCCUUUGAAGAGGCCCGGCGGUACAUUCCACCUGCCCUCUCCCAGCCCUGGGGGACAGAGGGCGGGUUAGGUGGUGAAUGGUGGGGUGGGAUGGCCCCAUCCUAGUUCUGAGAUCAGUACCUCGCUGAGCAAAAGCAGCCAGAGUGAGCAGUGGGCUACCCCCCAACAGGUCCUGCCAUGCUGGAUCUGGGGGGUGUCAGGGGGGGUGUAUUUGUGGACCUGUGAAACACCAGCUCAGUCAGCUCACGGCUGCCGCGUGCCUUUCCAGCAGGCUCCAGGCUCCACAAGGACAUUAGUAGGUCCCAGAGCUUUUGGCUGUCCCACCUGCUUCCAGGUGUGAAAAGGACCCCUUUCUUCAUGCAGUCAUAGCUUGCUAAUGGCUCCCACCCCCCUCUCCAGGUUGGGGGGGGUUGGCCUUGACAAGCCUGGUUACACCCACAGGCCAUCAGGGGAGGACUGGCCUCAAUGCCUUGGUUAGUGAGAGUGAACAAAUUAGCAUGUGUGCUAAAGCCAUCA